CUGAGGCUGCGUUUUAAGUUUGUCUCGCGAUUUUAAUAAUAUGGCAUCUGUGCACCCGACUUUAGGCGAACUUGUGUUUGUUUAAACUGCGUAAUACGUUUAUCUAAAAACUUUGUCUGACGUCUUUAUGUUUUCCACAGCCUGACAUGUAAGAGACAUGCGUUCGAACUUGCGGCUCAGGAGGCGCUCUUAUCAGUCGACACCAAACAUUCUUGAGACAGUGGAUAAUGAGUAUUCCUGGCACCUUCACCAAAAUGCCAUGACACCAUGGAGAAGUCUGAGGAGUAGAUGGGAGGACCCAGUGAGGGGAAGACAAACACCCCCAUUUUUACCUGGUUUCACAUCAUUUGAUGAAUCACGGAGAACAGAAUACACACCUAGUCCUUUUUUAUUCCUGGGCCGGACACGCAGUGUCCCUGAAGGUCUCCAUUGCUUCAGUAGACCCAAUUUACGAUCAAGCUUUUCCUCCAUCACCAUCACCACCCGGAGUUUGUCUCCAAAAAGGGAUUGUAUGCCUUAUUCAAGCUCAGCAUUUAGCCCUCUAAACAAUCCUGACACAGUGCCCUCUUCCAUGGCCCGAAGUGAAAAUAAAAUCCUAAAAGCCAUUGCUGGCAUUCCGAGGCCUCCUAGACAUAAAGCAGUUGUGGUGACGGUGGAUGAGUGCAGAGAACAUAAUUGCGAUAACGAGACCCCCAGCAGCCCCCAAGCUCCACCUGUCCACAGGCACAGCUACACCAUGGAAUAUGAGCAAACAGACUCUUCACCCCGUUUAAAACGCCACAUCUUCCGCUCCUGCGUCCAUCUGGAGCUCCUACAAUUCAAGCUGUCCAGAUCUACUCUGUACUUGGACAAAUCCCUCUCAAUCCCUCUUAGACAGACUUUGUAUAGAUCCACUCUGUCUCUUUCCCUUGGAAAACCAUCUUUUACUCAGACCCCUGAGAAACCCUGGACGAUGAUUCAACCUAAAAUGCCCUUCAGUGACUGGGACAUGGCGAACGUUGGCGUUGAUGGAAAAGAAAGGCAUUCCCAGCACCUGAAGGAUGGUUCAACCAUCAAUGGCAGUGCCUUUAAGAAUAAUGCUGGCUCCGGCUCCGACACACUGUGUUCCACUUUAACAUCAUUGCCAUUCAGAACAAGGUGCCACUCAUCUUCUGCUGCCUUCAGACUGAAUGGAAAGGCUAAUGAUGUCUUAGGGCCUCCGCAGUGCAAUCUAAGAGCCAGACAGGCAUUCAGCAAGCCAUCAGGAGUCCCUCAGGUGUAUGAAAGAGCCCCUCAUGAGGUCAGAACAGUUUUCCACACUGCUGAGAAAGUCAGGAGACUUAUUGAGUGCCCGGUCUCUCCUCAUCGGACUAAUUGCACCUGUGGGUCCAGGACUGACCAGCAGGCCACUAAACCGCAGUUGCUUAGUUUGAGGGAGGCUCUUGAGCUGUUUCGGCCAGAUUUCAUCUCUCGCUCUCAGAAUCGGGUGCGGCGAUUAGAACUGAGGGCCAGGGAGAGGCGGAGCUUACAAACAGCAGAAUUUAUCAUGGGCGUGGAGACGGCUAACCGUAGGCGGAACUGCACCAAACCACACCCACUUAGUGAUAACCUUUUCAAACCCAGGGACAGAGCCAUCUCAGGCAAAGAGAUGCAAUGGAGAUCCAGACGGAUUUACAACAAACUCCCUGAGGUGGCCAAAAAGAAGGACGAGGAGAGGAAGAGACUGGUGUCUGAAACCAACAGACUGAGGGCAGAGGUCUUCAAAAAGAAACUUUUGGAUCAGAUUCUUCAAAGACACAGUGACUGAUGGAAGUGCCUGUUCACAAGAUUCAUAUCCCCCGCGCUCUCCUUGCCUGAGGCAAAGAACUGAAGACGAGCAAGACCUUUGCAGCUCCCUCCUGAGACCAGAGAGCAGAGAGCAGAGAGCUUGGCUUUCUUAUGCAUUGUUCCAAAUAUAAAACACCUUUUACCAGAAUCCACAUUAUAUAUGGACGCACGCCCAUGGACUGCUGUGUCCUUGCUGUCUGAUAAGUAUUUUUAAAGAGAACAUGUUUGAUACAG